AUGGGCGACGUCGCAGUCGAGAGCCCUGCCAACCACGCGCCAGCUCACAAAAAGGCAGCACCGUCGAUAAUCCCAACCAUUGACCACUUUGAGGGCCUGUCGAUCGAGGGAGGAGACGAUUACGCCACACUGAAGAAGCUUCAGCGACAAUUAGAAUACAUUCAACUACAGGAAGAAUACAUCAAGGAUGAGCAAAGGAGUCUGAAGCGCGAGCUCGUCCGCGCUCAGGAAGAAAUCAAGAGGAUCCAGAGUGUGCCGCUGGUCAUUGGCCAGUUCAUGGAGGCCAUCGACCAAAAUACCGGUAUUGUGCAGUCUAGCACCGGCAACAACUACGUCGUCCGCAUCCUUUCCACCCUCGACCGCGAACAGCUCAAGCCCUCGUCGUCGGUCGCCCUCCACAGACACUCGAAUGCCCUGGUCGACAUCCUACCGCCCGAGGCGGACUCGUCGAUUGCCAUGCUGGGCGCCGACGAGAAGCCCGACGUGACGUACGCGGACGUCGGUGGCCUGGACAUGCAGAAGCAGGAGAUUCGCGAGGCCGUCGAGCUGCCCCUGACGCACUUUGACCUCUACAAGCAGAUUGGUAUCGACCCGCCCCGCGGUGUGCUCCUCUACGGCCCGCCCGGUACCGGCAAGACCAUGCUGGUCAAGGCCGUUGCCAACUCGACGACGGCGAGCUUCAUCCGCGUUGUCGGCUCCGAGUUUGUGCAAAAGUACCUCGGCGAGGGUCCCCGCAUGGUGCGCGACGUCUUCCGCAUGGCCCGCGAGAACUCGCCCUCCAUCAUCUUCAUUGACGAAAUCGACGCCAUUGCCACGAAGCGCUUCGACGCCCAGACCGGCGCCGACCGCGAAGUUCAGCGCAUCCUACUCGAGCUGCUGAACCAGAUGGACGGCUUCGACCAGACGUCCAACGUCAAGGUCAUCAUGGCCACCAACCGCGCCGACACGCUGGACCCGGCCCUGCUGCGUCCCGGCCGUCUGGACCGCAAGAUUGAGUUCCCCUCGCUGCGCGACCGCCGCGAGCGCCGCCUCAUCUUCUCCACGAUUGCCAGCAAGAUGAGCCUGGCGCCCGAGGUAGACCUCGACAGCCUGAUUGUGCGCAACGACCCGCUGUCGGGCGCCAUCAUCGCCGCCAUCAUGCAGGAGGCAGGUCUGCGCGCCGUGCGCAAGAACCGCUACAACAUUAUCCAGAGCGAUCUCGAGGACGCGUACUCGAGCCAGGUCAAGGGCACGAGCGAGGACAACAAGUUUGACUUUUACAAAUAA